AUGCCGAUGCCCGGUUGUGCCGCUGGUAGCUGGGCUGACUUCCUAAUCUUCGUGUUCGGAUGCGGCGGGCGCAGGAAGGAGGUCGCGGCAGUGCAGGGCCGGUCGGCGGCGGAGCGGACAGCAGCAACAGGCGAUGCCUUCGACCCGGCGAAGCCACCGCCCCUGCUGCAGCACGGGAAUUUCGGCCGUGGGGUGUUUUUCUUCGCGGCGGGCAGCGGCGGCGGCAGCGGCGGCGGCAGCGGCGGCGGCAGCGGCGGUAGUGUUACUACGACUCCCUCAAGGGAUUCCGAUGACGCUUAUUCGGGCAGGGGUAGUGCGGCGGGUGGCUUUGGCGCCAGCAGCAGCGAGGCUUCUUCGCGCCAACAUAGCAACAGCAGCACAGCGGUGGUAGCGGUGGGGAAGAUUGAACCGGUUUUCUGCACGACGAACGAGGCGGCGUUGGGCAUGGCCCGAAGCAACAACCAUAACAAAAUAGUAGGCGGCGGGAAGAAGAGAAUUCCUCAGGAUACGGAAGGGCCUUGGACACGAGACGGAGGGGCGCUGGCUCUGGAGGGGGAGACCGGAGGGGAUAAGAGUAACAGCUCUGGACAACAACAGCCGAAAGCGGGGCAGCAGCAACAGCUGCGGCAGCGGCGGGCGAAGCCGUCCUACAGGUUGUGA